GUGAUUGAUCCUGUCCUGCUCUUCGGGUUUAUCUGCCUUGUGUGGAUUGUGCACGUAAGUCCAGUGGAGAGUGGUAUUAUGGCCGGAAGAGGAGUCAGAAGUCAGGGUGGGAAGACUCAUGCCUUCACCCCUGAACCUUUUGAUGGACACAAUCUAGAUGUAUACCGCUGGCUGCAUCAAUUUAAUGUCAUCAGUGACCUGAACAACUGGGAUGAUUCUACUCAGAUGAAGUUCCUGACUGAGUCCCUCCAAGGAGAAGCCCUAGAUGUCUACAGAGGACUUAGCCCAGAGGCCAAAGGUAACUGCCAGGCUGUGAAAGAUGCCCUAUUUGAAGCCUUCCGUUCUGAGAGUGAUAUUGAGCAUAAGCAAUCUCAUGGUCCCAGGGAGAUUGUAUUUGCCAAUAGUAUGGGCAAGGGAUAUUACCUCAAAGGGAAAAUUGAGGGUAUUCCUGUGAGGUUCCUAGUGGACUCUGGAGCCCAGGUAUCAGUGGUCAAUCCAGAGUUGUGGGAGCAGGCUACUGACGGAGAUUUAGACACCCUUCGACCCUUUGAAAAUGUGGUAAAAGUGGCCAAUGGGGCUGAGAUGAAGAUCUUGGGCAUCUGGGACACUAAAGUGACCCUGGGGAAGUUUGAGAUGGAGGCUGAAUUCUUGGUGGCCAAUGCAAGCACAGAAGAAGCCAUCAUUGGAACAGAUGUGCUCCAAGAUCAUGGCGCCAUCUUGGACUUCAAGCACCGCACAUGUACCCUGAGAGGAAAGAAGUUCCGUCUUCUGCCUGUUGGCGAUCCUAUAGAAGAUGAGUUUGACCUGGAACUCAUUGAAGAAGAGAACUCUAACCCCUGA